AUGGCAGAUCCUGCAGCAAAGAAGCCACCCGACAGACAACAACAAAAGGCGGAUUCGGCCCAGGCUUUGCCAGCAACAAUUUCAGUCGGCAAAAUGCCAGUUAUUAAACUGACUAAACAAAAGCGUCAUGGCGGCGAAUGUGCUUACUCGCGGCCCACUGCGACUGUUGCGCCCCCUUUGGUCCCUGCAGCCAAAUUAGGCGCGGGAACGGUUGCUAGUGGGGCGGGGAGUAAGCAAGAUGCCAUUCCGACCCCCUCGGGGGCGGGGGGGGGCAAAGAAAAAUUUUUCGGUGCCCCCUCUAGAAGCGACCCAAGUGGCCCCCCGAGGGUUCUGGUAGAGUCUGGGGCGGAUCCGACUCUUAUUUCGCGUAAAAAUCGCGAAUCAGAAUCAACCAAUUCCGCGCGAUCACUCAAGUCGCCUGCAGCGUUUGCCACGAUGGGAGACUCCUCUCGCGUCGUGGUAUCUGCGAAGCCAGGCGAUCUCAUUGGGGGUCUCGCGGGACAUGUGCCGGGGAGUGCGGGGCUACCUCGUGUGCCGGCAUCGGCUGCUUCGCUGCCGGCAGUCUCUGCCGAAGCGAAGAAGUCCGCUUCCGGUGCGGUGAGGCGUCCCGUCACCGACUCCGGCGUCCGCUCCGGCGCCGAUUCCGGCGUCGACUCCGGAGCUAGCGCCGGCGUUCGCUCCAGCGCGCGUGUGUCGUGGAACGACAUGGUUGAGGAAGCUCUCGCGAGAGCUCUCGGCCCUGAGGAGAUGGCCAGAGAGUUUGCCACCACUGAGACCACGAAAGUCUCAGAAAAGGCCACCUCUUUGGUCAAAACCGCACAGGACGUGCUUAGUGACAUGGAGGUAUGCUCCGCGGAGGAAUCUUUUAGUCCUCCGCUCACGAGGAAGCGCCUUCGCGUAAAACAGGGGGGUCGGCGCGGCGCCGCCACUUCGGCACCGGCCACCCCUACUACAGAUGAAGAAGCCUCCGGGCAGGUGAGGGGGAAGAGGAGGCAGCUUGAGGCGCCCUCCUACCCCACCUCGCGGAGUUCAAGGACGCAGGCGACGCCGGCGCCGGUGGCUCCGGCGUCGACUGCUCCGACCCCGUCCUUUUCGGCGUCGUCAGUGCCGAUGUCUGAGGCCUCACUGGAGGGCCUCCGAACCAGGGCAAUGAAGAUCGAGAGGGAUAUGGCUGCCUUCUGUCUUGAUGAUACAAAGAAAAUCAACAAGUCGCAGAUGGCAGUCAUAACCGGAAAAUUCAGGGAGAUGCAAUCCGUCGUGGGUGACCUCCUUAUCCGCAAUGCGCGCCUCGAGGGGCGUCUUCAGGAGUUGCGUGAAAAGAAUAUAGCUCCGUCGCCAGCUGGCGAGGGGAUGGUGGGCGACCGUUCGAUCGGUAGUACGCCUAGUAAGUCGGAAAAAAAAACAUCAGAAAAGCCGAAUCCGUCAGACGGUCGCAAAGGUGCUGCAACCUACGCGGCAGUCACUCGAGCGGUAAUCACUAAGGUGGCUGCCUCGCCGGUAGCUGCGCCUCGAACAACCACUGCAGCUCCUACGGGGCUGGCGCAUGGAGCUCAACUCCUGAGGAGCGGCCCUCCGGCACAGCAAGCUCCUGCCGGCGGGGAUCUUGAGGGAUUCACCGCUGUCAGGAAGCGCGGACGUGGCGGUCGCCGACGCGGAGGCGGGGCUGUGAGCGCCGGAGUGGACGCUGAUGGUGAUCGGGGGUCUGCUAUUACAGGCCACCCAUCCCAAAAGCCUCCCGCUCCCGCGCGUAUUCCACCCUGUCGUCCGCCUCUCCCAGCCGUGGUCCUGAGGCCCCUGGCUGUCAGCCAGGACUCCGGCACGGUCGACAGCGAAAGGACGAAAAAGACUAUCAUGGAGACCUUGAAUCCCGUCAGGGAGGGUAUCCGUGUGUGCGGGGUUAAAAAGAUGCGGAAUGGCGCCGUGCUGGUGGAGACCACCAGCCCGGCAGACAUUCAAAAAAUCUUGAAUAACCCCACACUCGCGGCAAGGGGCCUGCAGGCCUCUCUUCCCGCUCCCCUGCAUCCGGAGAUUAUGAUUUAUAACAUCUCUGCCGAUUCUAGCGAGGCGGAGAUAGCCCAGGCGAUCCACUCACUGAAUGGGGAGCUGCUCGAGGGCCUGUCCCCGGCGGAGUUUGAACAAAAAUUCAAGCUCCGCUAUAGGGCUGGCCCGAGACGAUCCGACUCGGUGCACUGGGUCGCCUCGGUCUCCCCCUCGCUACAUGAGGCUAUCUGUAGAAGGGGUCACCUCUUUGUGGGGUGGAGGCGCUGCGCCGUCCGCUCCAUUACGCGAAUCACCAGGUGCUAUAAGUGCCAGGCAUACGGCCAUGUUGCCAAGCACUGUCGAGAGACGACAGACACCUGCGGGCACUGUGCGGCGAAAGGGCACAAAAUUACAUCUUGCCCCAAGAGGGAGGCAGGUGCCCCGCCCGCCUGCGCGGCCUGUAGGCGCCAGGGUAAAAAAGGGGACCAUGACAUACUUACAUCCCAUCCGCGUGACAGUGCUUCCUGUGGUGGUCGUUAUAUCCCGCCGACUAGGGGACGCUCCGCCACGGCUAUCACUGUCUAUCAGCUGAAUAUGCAGAAUGCAAAGAACAUCUCGCAUGAGCUGAGUGAUCUUCUCCGGAAAGAGAGCGUCGAUCUUGCACUUUACUCUGAUCCCACCUCAUAUCACCUAGAGCAUCUUGCUCGCGUCCUUCGCCACUUGCGGGGCAGCAAGGUGCUGAUCUGUGCUGAUGUCAAUGCUAAGUCCGUCCUCUGGGGCUCUCCUGUCACUAAUGAGAGGGGUGAACUAGUGGAGGACUUCAUUGGCGAGCACGAUCUCCAUCUGCUGAACCGUGAUGGCGAGGCGACGUUCAGUGGCAUGAGGGGGACCACGAGUAUUGACAUCACGCUGGUCACUGGGAGUUUACUCCCCUUCGUUUCUGGCUGGACGGUCCGCCCGGACGCUGUCACUAGUGAUCACAUGUUGAUCGAGUUCAAGAUCCACAACACCAGACAACGUGGUGUGCGGACGGACAGCCCACGCCCCACCAGGUAUAAUACCAAGAAGGUCAAGAGGGACGUCUUUGUGGCGACCCUCACUGAGGGUCUAGGCCCACUCAUGGGCGUCCCUCUUGACCAGAGGACCGACGUGGAGGAACUUGCACGAGACAUGACGACCGCACUCACAAGAGCAUGUGAUGCGUCCAUGCCUCGAAGAAGAUGGCUCAGCAAGCUGCAUCCGUGGUGGACUGCGGAACUUAGUCAUCUGAAACGCAAGGUAAUGCGUUUCAGGAGACGGUUCCAGGCCGAAAAACGGCCAGCACAGCGCGCUCUCAGUUUGGUGGCUUAUCGCGACCUAACCAAGAGUUACCACAAUCUGAUCAGGAAGACAAGUCGAGAAUCGCAGACUGACUUUGUCAGUCUCGAGGGAAAUCGCGACCCAUGGGGUGUUGUUUAUAAGACGUACAUACGCACCGACAAAAUUAAGACAGAGACAAUUCUCUGCACUGUUAAGGAUGAGUAUGGCUACCCCGUAGACUCCAUUCGUGAGGGCGCUGACCGUUUUAUGAAGGCCUUUAUCCCUGACGAUGAUGGGGAAGUUCACUACCCUGAUGAUGGCGCUGACAUCAUCGGGGAAGUAGCCAACGACGAGCCGCCAUUCACCUUGCGGGAGGCAUGGGAUGUUGUUCGGAUUUUACCGAACAACAAAGCCCCUGGUCCUGACAAUUUCGAGGUCAUCAUUAUAAAGAUGGCCUGGCCAUUGCUAGGACCUCUUUUCCUCUGCGUGGUGAAUGCGUGCUUGAGGCCUGGUGUCUUCUCCAGCAUAUGGAAGGAGGGUGAGCUCAUCAUCAUCCCUAAAAGUCAUUUUCCUCAGAUACCAGAAGCAUAA